AUGCCUCUGGCAUCGGGCCCCCUUGCUCGAAUUGCCAGCACGCUCGAGCCAGUGACUGCAGUUUCAUUGAAACUAGGCGCGCAAGGUAAGCCUCCUCUCGUGUCUCUUAUACUCCUACCCCCUGAAACCACUUCUCGGUUUGAUGUCAACGUGUACCCAAACAGAGGCCCGGCUGGCCGCUUCGUAACUACGACAUUGCCGGAGACGCCUCGAAGCCAAACCCCAAGCACGCUCUCCGAAACCUCAUCCAGCAAUCCCGACACUCAAUCUACUCCAGGGAAUGCGCAAAUUGACAGGUCGGUCCACGAAGUAGGUUACGGUCUGGAUCUAACAAAACUCUGCUUCUCGCAAAAGCAUCACGGUCCGGGCAUCGUGAAGACAGCUGAGAAUGGGGAAAGUGUGUCGUUAACAUUGAAUAAACACAAGCUAGAUCGAGAGACGCAGGACCCUCGUACCCCCUUGUACGAGAAACACUCUGGCUUCAUUGGUGAAAGCUGGUAUGCGUCUUUCCUCCUACGAGCCAGCAAUCAUGAAAACGACAAACUGCGACAGUACAUCCCCUACGAGCAUGACCAACACGGCCAAACCCACGAGCCUGGAGGUGCAAACAGUGGUUUAUGGCAAAAACCAGUGCGUGAACAGCUUCCCGAUGACCUCCCACCACAAGCUUUGAGAGAUGGCUUGGUGGAGGCUUACUUCACACGCUUUCAUGUCCUCUAUCCUAUCCUGAACAAGACUGAGUUCCUCUUGGCUCUUCGGGACGGCUACGUACCGAUUGUAUUGCUCCGCUGCGUUCUAUUCAUUGCCUCGGUGCACUGCGAUAUGAACAUACUUCACCGAAUGAGCUUUGAAAGCCGCGCCGAUGCCAAAGACGAUCUUUUCACCCGUGCCAGAAGAUGUCUCGAUGAACAUCCAGAGGAGACUCGUUGCUUGCAGAUGAUGUGCUCCUUUUUACUGCAUUUCUGGUUCGGUCAGCCAUAUGGCAUAAGGGAUCCCAUGUGGUGGCUUGCUAUUGCUGUUCGACUUGCCGAGUCUAUAGGAAUGCAUCGUAGUAUUGACAAGAGUCAUAUGGCGCUAGACACCAAGGCACACUGGAAACGAGUAUGGUGGUGUUUAUACAUUCGUGACCGUCAGGUAUCAUUGUCCGCAGGAACUCCAAGUUUGAUCAAUGACUUGGACUGCGACGUCGAGGAGCUUACUCUUGAAGAUUUUCCCGAUGAGUCCGAGGCCACUGCAAGAUACGUUAUGGCUCAGGCCAAUCUCUCGCGGAUAGGUAGGGGCACCCAUUUCGAGGCUGUCUAA